UUUGUCUUUAUAAAUGCUGACCCGUUGAGCAAACCUUGUGCAUUCAAAAUAUUUAUGAAAAGGAAAGCAUGGGUCGGAGAAAAAUUGAGAUGAAAAUGGUGAAAGAUAGAAGCUCGAGGCAAGUGACUUUCUCGAAGCGCCGAACAGGGCUGUUCAAGAAAGCGAACGAGCUAGCUACCCUUUGCGCCGCUCAAGUGGCCAUCGUGGUUUUCUCCCCCGGCGGCAAGCCUUACUCGUUCGGGCAUCCGAGCGUCGAGGCAGUGGCUGAGCGGUUUCUAAAUCAGGACGGGAGACCGAAAGUUUCUAUUCCAGGUCAAGUUGUUGAUCAAUCUUGGCGAGAGGCUAAAGUUGGAAAGCUCAAUCGACAACUCAACACCGUUCUCAACCGGCUGCAGGCGGAGACGAAGCAAGGAGAGGUGCUCGAUGAGGCGAUCAGGGCGAGCCGUCAAAAACUGAAGCACCAAAAACCUGUUAACGAACUUAACGUGGAUGAGCUUUUGGAGAUGAGGGGAUCAAUGGAGAAGCUUCGUGAGAAAAUCAGAGGCCGGAUUAGCGAGAUUGAAGCAUCAUCUUCUUUGCUGCUGUUGUCGAAAAUGGCUGUCGAACAAGCUUGAAUCAUAAACAACUCAGUAGUCACAGUAGUUAAAAACACCAUGCUUUUUAGAUCUCUGACAUCAAAAUAUACAAGCAGAUGGUGGUUUGUUCUUGAAAAGAAUUUGAUCCAAAUUUCCCAAA